AUGGCCGCUUAUCGUCUGCUUGCUGCUAUUGGAGAAGAUGAUGAUCGAUCGUAUGCUAAUAUCAUUGAAGGGAGUUAUGCAGUGGGUGGGGGAGAAAUUGCUGUUGGUGGCGGCGGUAGUGUUGCUGUUGGCGGCGGCGGUAGUGUUGCUGUUGGCGGUGGCGGUAGUGUUGCUGUUGACGGUGGCUGUAGUGUUGCUGUUGGUGGCGGUGGUAGUGCUGCUUUUGGCGGUGGUGGUAGUGUUGGUGGCGGUGGUGUUGCUGUUGGUGGCGGUGUUACUCUUGGAAAUGGUGCUUCUCUUACUGAUAUUGAUGAUGCUGCUCCUAUUGGUGGUGGUGCUACUGAUGCUGCAGUUGGUAUUGCUUUACUUGGUGGUGGCGAUAUUGCUGUUGUUGAUCGAGCUGCUGUAGUCGACAAUAUCACUAGCGUCCAAGAAGACAUUUCUAUAACCCCAUCCAAAGGCGUACCUGCCAUUGUUAACCUCCCCCUUUUUCCAGAUCUUCCCGAAGGGUCUUGUUUAAAUGUUAAUAUUUCCAUCAGCGCCGUGUCUUGGAACACCAAAAUCGAGGACAUUGUUCUACCAAAACAAAUGAAAACCGCUAAUAAAAAGGAUACCAUCAAAACCAAAUUUCAUAGACCAUCUAUCACAAAGAGUCGACUUCUCACGAGUGCAGAUAUUGUCGAACAGAAACGUCAAAAAGACAUUGAAAAAGAAAAGAAAAAACAGGAGGCUGCAGAGAAUUAUUUCAGAAACUCGUAG